CACAGCCAAUACAUUCUUUAAUUUCCAUACUAUCUGGACGCGUUGGGCUCUCGGCACGACCAUGCAGCUUGCACAGCACUCGACCGCUCGGACUGGCUUUAGCCGUCGGACGGCAGUUACCGUCAAGGGGCAAGCCGUGGCCUCUCCGGUUCCGGCAUCGAAUCCAUCGGCUCUUAAAACGGAUGUGGCUAAGAUUGCCGUGCUGGGCGCGUCUGGGUACACGGGUGCUGAGGUGGUUCGGCUGUGCGCACUGCACCCGAACAUCAAGGUCACGGUUUUGACGGGAGACAAGCAGGCUGGCAAGAACUUUUCGGACGUCUUCCCUCACCUGGUUACUGCUACCAACGUCCCCAAGCUGGUCAAGAUCGAUGACGUCAACUUCUCGGACGUGGACGCGGCCUUUUGCUGCCUGCCGCAUGCCACCACACAGGAGGUAAUCAAGAAGCUGCCCUCCACUCUCAAGGUGGUGGACCUGUCCGCAGAUUUCCGGCUCCGGGACCCUGCUGUAUACGCGCAAUGGUAUGGCCACGAGCACGCGGCCGUGGAUCUCCAGAAGGAGGCCGUGUACGGCCUGACGGAGGUGUAUCGGGACCAAGUGAAGACGGCUCGCCUAUUGGCGAACCCCGGCUGCUAUCCCACCUGCUCGCAGCUGCCGCUGUACCCGCUGCUCAAGGCCAAGCUGAUCCUGCCGGAAGAUAUCUUGAUCGACGCAAAGUCAGGCGUGUCGGGUGCGGGCCGCAGCGCCAAGGAGUCCAACCUGUACUGCGAGAUCGCGGAGGGCAUCAACUCCUACGCAGUGGGCUCGCAUCGCCACAUGCCGGAGAUUGAGCAGGGACUUAGCGAAGCGGCAAAGACCCCCGUCACGGUUUCCUUCACGCCGCAUCUCAUCAACAUGAGCAGAGGCAUGCAGUGCACCAGCUACGUCAAGCUGGCGCCGGGCGUCACUGUGGACGACCUGCGCGCGCACCUGGCCGCCACAUACGAGGGCGAGCCCUUCGUGCGAGUGCUGAGCAAGGGCGUGAUUCCCCAUACCCGCCAUGUCCGCGGCAGCAACUACGCGCUCAUGAAUGUCUUCCCCGACCGCAUACCGGGUCGCGCUGUCGUCAUCUCCGUGAUUGACAACCUUGUCAAGGGUGCUUCGGGUCAGGGCCUGCAGAACCUGAACCUGAUGAUGGGCUGGAAUGAGACCACGGCGCUUCUGCAGCUGGCCAUGUUUCCUUGAGGGAGGGAGCUUUGCGGAGUCGAAAGGGGUGUCGGUGGCGGAGAGGCGUGCAAGAGAACGGAUCAGAACAUGAGGUGGCGUUCGGGUGGGAUAGAGCCCGAAGGGUGCGCCAUGUCGGUGACAUAGCUAUAAGAUGGAGCAGUUCUGGAUCGGAUGGGCAAAUGGCCGUGGUGUGUCGCCUAGCCGCUCAGCAAACGCAUUCCGGAAAUUUGGGAGCGUGUCGGGAGCGGUUUUGGGGAGGGUUAUGGUCUCCAAACUUGUGAAUAUCUGGAGAUGGAGGAGGGCCUAGAACACAGCGCUGCGAAUCUUUUCGGGUGCCCGAGCGGUGCUUCAGAGGAGUGUGUACCGUUUAAAAAUCGAUAUUCGG